AGAAUUUCACUCUUAACGUAUCACAGACGUCGCAACCAUGUUACGUCGAUUUCAAUGCUGUUCGACGGAAGGAAAGGUAGACGCUUCAGCGACUUCCGUCAAUUUUGCUGCACUCUUCCGUUUUGCAACAAAGACGGAUGUCAUUCUCAUGUACGCAGCUGUUUUCGCUGCAAUAUUAAAUGGAGUUUGCCUCCCGUUAAUGGUAUUAAUUUGGGGUGAUCUCUCUAAUAUUAUUAUCGAAUUUUCUGAUCCCGAAGUAAAUUACACGACGGGGGGCACAAAUGAAUUCACCAACACAUCGGAGUGUCUUCUUCCGCCCAACGCAACUGCCAACGGCCCUGCUUUCACGUUGUUUACGAAUGAAAGUGGUGAUAUUAUGAAUUCGGUGGUAGUCUUUGCAAUUGGCACCACUUGUCUCGGAUUGCUUUCCGUUUUGCUAAAUUUUGUCUUCAUCACAUGUUUAAACAUCUCAGCUGAAAAUCAAAUCUACAGAUUAAGGAGCUGCGCCGUGAAGUCCAUUUUGGCCCAAGAAAUCAGUUGGCAUGAUACGAGAACGACCGAUGGAAUGGCCGUUCGAAUUUCAGAGGACUUGACGAAAAUCCAAGAUGGAAUCGGUGAGAAAGUGGGGCUUUUUAUCUCGUAUUCUUCAAUUGCCACCAUCUGUCUCAUAACUGCCUUUUAUUUUGGCUGGGAGUUGGCAUUGAUUACAUUAGUCGCCUUGCCCGUCCUGACUGUCACGGCUGGAAUUUUAGCCAAAAUUCAAUCGACAUUAACAGCCAAAGAAACCGAAGCUUACGCUUCAGCUGGAAGUUUAGCUGAAGAAAUCAUCGGAGCAAUUAAAACAGUCAACAUGUUCAACGCCCAAGUGAAAGAAGCCAAACAAUUUGAAGCUUCUAUCAAACCAGCCCGAACGGCCGGAAUUAAACGAGGGCUGGCCACGGCAAUUGGAAGCGGUUUAGUUUGGCUCCUCACUUACGCCAGUUAUGCGCUCACAUUUUGGUACGGUAUCAAACUUAUCCUGCAAUCCAGCUGUAAUGGAGAAAGUACCAGCAAGUACGAUGCUGGAACACUUAACAUUGUUUUCUUUAACAUGCUGUACGCCGCCUUAAACGUGGGCAAACUAUUUCCUUUCCUCGAAACGUUUUCCGCAGCUCGCGUUGCAGCUGCGGAAGUCUAUCGAAUCCUUAAUCAAAUACCAGUGAUAGACAGUUCUUCAUCCGCUGGAAAACGAUUGAAAAACAUCAACGGUCACAUCAAAAUUGAGAACGUACAUUUCGCUUAUUUCUCACGUCCGGAUGUGCCCGUUCUACGCGGGAUCAGUUUCGAAGUAGCAGCUGGCCAAACGGUAGCUCUAGUCGGGCAAAGUGGUUGCGGAAAAUCUACUUGCGUUCAACUACUACAGCGUUUUUACGACCCUACUCGAGGCAAGAUCACAAUCGACGGCCAUGACGUCAAAGAAUUGAACGUGAGUUGGUUGCGUGAAAACAUUGGGGUCGUCGGACAGGAGCCUGUUCUGUUCAGCGUGAGUAUCGGUGACAACAUUCGAUAUGGGCAUCCAAGUUAUGAUGACGUGUCUCAGGAAGAUAUCGAACUAGCUGCAAAAAAAGCAAACGCUCAUGAUUUUAUCAUAUCUCUGCCCAAUUCUUACGAUACUCUAGUGGGUGAACGUGGCGCUCACCUCAGUGGCGGACAGAAACAACGCAUUGCAAUCGCCCGUGCCCUCAUUCGUAACCCUAAGAUUUUAUUAUUCGAUGAAGCUACUUCAGCACUCGACACGAAAAGUGAAGCUGUCGUUCAAUCAGCUUUGGAUAAAGCUCGGCAAGGACGGACUACUCUAAUCGUUGCGCAUCGACUCACCACCAUCCGCAACGCUGAUACAAUUCUGGUUUUCAACCGUGGUGUAAUUGAGGAGGAGGGAAACCAUGAUACUCUUAUGAACAAAAGAGGACUUUAUUAUCAUUUGGUGGAAUCGCAAGAACAAAGUUUUACACCAGACGAUCCGAACUUGAAUCCUUCGGGGAAACUUGAAUUGAUCUCAGAUUCGCUGCCACAGCAAUUAAAAGCUGAGGCCAAUGUACCUGAAAAUAACGGCGAUUCUAUUCAGCAUCAUCUUCCACUCCAACCUAAGGACGAUGAUGUUUCCAUUUGGAAAAUAUUUCAGUUGAACAAACCGGAAUGGGGAUACAUUACUUUAGGCGUGAUCGGAUCAACCAUAUUAGGCUUGAGCACUCCAGUUUACGCCAUGGUUUACGGUGAACUUAUGGGUUUGUUGGAUCCAUCGUUACAGCAAGAAGAAGCCCAACAUUUGAACGAUAUCCUUGCAUUGAUUUUCUUGGGUAUCGCAUUCGGUACCGGUAUCGGUGCUUUUAUGCAGACAUUUAUGCUAACCAUUGCUGGAGAAAAGCUCACAUUUCGUGUGAGGAAACUAGUUUUCCAAUCCAUUCUAAAACAAAAGAUUGGAUGGUUUGAUCAGCUGGAAAAUUCCGUCGGUUCGCUCUGCGCUCGUCUGUCCGGAGAUGCUUCGGCUAUCCAGGGAGCCACCGGUGCCAGGAUAGGCCUCCUCGUUCAGGUUUCCGUCAGUAUCUUAUUUGCUCUGACAUUAUCAUUAGUGUACAACUGGAAACUGGCAUUAGUCAGCGGCGUAUUUGUACCCGUUGUUUUGCUAUCGGGCGUUCUGGAAGUCAAAAUGAACACGGGCCAAAUAACUGCUAAAGCAAAAGCGAUGGAACAAUCCACUCGGCUUGCUACGGAAGCCAUUUCCAAUAUCCGAACAGUAGCCAGUCUUGGCCUGGAAGAAAAAUUUAAUACGAAUUACAUGGCGUCUCUUCGUGAACCUUACAAAGUGGCCAAAAAGCUAACGCCCGUCCGUGCAGUUAUCUUCGGAUUGACAUGCAACAUGUCCUGCUUCGCUUCCGUUGUUUGCAUGUCUUACGGAACCUAUUUAAUUCAAAACGAAGACCUGCCUUACAAAGAAGUAUUUAAAGUCUGCGAAGCCCUCGUCUUUGGCAUGGAAAUGGUUGGGCAAACAUUGGCGUUCACACCGAAUUAUGGCCGCGCCAAAACAGCAGCCAAACGGAUCUUCCAACUCAUCGAAUGCGAUCCACCGGAUGAAGAAACAGCUAACAAUUCAUCAUCAAAAUCGGAUUAUUCAGAGAUGGAAGGUAAAGUUGAAUUUAGGGGCGUGCAUUUCCGUUACCCAACAAGGCCAGAAGGGUCCGUUUUAAGAGGUUUAUCCACCGUCAUCCAACCUGGCCGAACUGUGGCUCUUGUCGGCCACAGCGGAUGUGGGAAAUCCACGUUGAUUCAGCUCCUCCAGCGUUUUUACGAGCCUGAUUCCGGAACGAUUCUAGUCGACGACAGAGACAUAAGUCUCAGUUCAUCAAGUUUACUUCGAUCUAAAUUGGGUAUCGUUUCACAAGAGCCUGUUCUUUUCAAUCGAACUAUUGCUGAAAAUAUCGCUUACGGCGACUUGACGCGAUCAGUUCCCAUGGAUGAAAUUAUCGAAGCCGCAAGAAAUGCGAACAUCCACACUUUCAUCCAAUCUUUACCGCUUGGCUAUGAGACGAUAGCCGGCCAAAGAGGUACGCAAUUAAGUGGUGGACAAAAACAGCGGAUGGCUAUUGCGCGAGCACUUAUACGACAUCCACGAAUUCUCUUACUGGAUGAAGCAACUUCAGCUCUGGAUACGGAGAGUGAGAAAGUGGUUCAAGAUGCGCUGGAACGAGCCGGACAAGGCAGGACGUGUAUUAUCGUCGCUCACCGUCUUAGCACUAUCAAGGAUGCGGAUGAAAUAUUGGUGGUUGAUAGAGGCCAGAUAAGGGAACAAGGAAAACAUGGAGAAUUAAUUCAACUAAAAGGCAUUUAUCAUCAACUGUGGACUCUUCAAGGCCUCAGUCAAUGACCUACCUAUCGUUGCGCUCUCUCUCGAACGUUCGAAGAAAGGUGGCCUUAAAGGUACCAUUGUUGUCGCCGUAAAUGACUAGUGAGUUGAAGAUGA